AGGGCGGAGCGACCGAGGCUGGGCCUGGGAGGGAGUUCCAGAUGGCGGAGACUGCGGACGGCGAUGAGGCGGACUUGGACGCCUUCCUGGAGAAAUUCCGGGGGGCCCAGCGCUACGAGGGGGCCCUCAGCCCGACGAACUGGGAGCAGGAAUUUGACCAGAUUCCAAUGUUCAUGAAGAAAGCCCCCUCUGAAAUAGAUCCUAAGCAGAAUCCUGACUUAGCAUGCCUUCAGUCUAUCAUUUUUGAUGAAGAGCAAACUCUUGAAGAACAAGCCAAGACUUAUAAGAACGAGGGCAAUGAUUAUUUCAAGGAAAAGGAUUAUAAGAAGGCUGUGAUAUCAUAUACCGAAGGGCUAAAAAAGAAAUGUAGUGACCUAGAAUUGAACACGGUGCUUCAUACAAACAGAGCUGCAGCUCAGUUUUAUUUAGGCAACUAUCGCUCUGCUCUCAACGAUGCCAUCGCAGCAAGAAAACUAAAACCCAACCACCUCAAAGCAAUAACAAGAGGAGCACUGUGCCAUUUAGAACUCAAACAUUUCUUGGAAGCUAUGACAUGGUGUGAGGAGGGGCUGAGAAUAGAUCCAAAAGAGAAGACACUUCUGGAAACGAGAACCAAAGCAGAUAGGCUAAAGCGUACUGAAGAACGAGAUUUGAGAAAAGCAAAAUUGCAGGAGAAGAGGGAACAGUCUCAGAAGGACGCCUUACUCAAAGCAAUCAAGGAUCGAAAUAUCAAAUUGUCUCCGGCCUCUUCUAAAGAGGACACCGCGGUAUCAGAAGGCUUUGCUGAGAUGUCUUUAGAUGGACUUGGCCCAGAAAGCGCUGUGAAUGCCAAAGUCUGUCUAGAUGAGAAUGCCAGUCUUACUUGGCCAGUGCUGUUCCUGUACCCUGAGCAUGGGCAAACUGACUUCAUCUCUGCUUUUCAUGAAGGAUCCAGAUUUAUUGAUCAUUUAACGGUCAUGUUUGAAGAGCUACCUCCAUGGGAUGUAGAAAGAAAGUAUCUUCCCAGUGAGCUAGAGCUUUAUUUCGAGGAUGAAGAAAGAGCAGAGAUAUACCAGAUAGACACAGAAACCACAUUGUUAAAAGCGCUGCAGCACCAAAGGUAUUUUGUAAAAGCUGGAACUCCCACCUUUUUGGUUUUGGUGAAACUUGCUCCUUUUUCUAAAAACUACUUCUUUGGGAAGAAAGUUCACCAACUAAAGUGAAUAAUCAUGAACUCUUGGAAAGACUGGAAGCUUUUGUACAUAUUUUCUUUUACUCCAAUCAAGAUAACAACUUAUCAGAACUUUGUCCUGCUAGUCCUGGCAUAUGCAAACUUACUCCGCUGAAAAGGAAUGAGCUAUCUGCAGAAUUAGCAUUGACAUUUUUAUUUAAAUUUCCUCUUGUAUUACAUAAUCAUUUGGGUGAAUAAGCCUUCGUAUUCACCUUUUCUUACAAAUAAAGGCAUAGAACAAAACU